AGCUAAUGUAAAAAGUCUUAGCUUUUAUAUUGACUAUUUAUUUAGUCAGCUCUGUUGAUCCAAGCAUGGUGUAAUUGAGCACCGAGAAAAUUGAUGAGCUUUCUUAAAGUAAUUUGGGGAGAUUUAUUAUUGAGAUGGCCCAGACUCAUGCAGAAAUGAGAGGUCCAUUAGGUAUGAGUGAGAAAUAACUAUAAAGAUGAUUUGGUGACAGCAAUUGGAGAUUUGGAGAAUGAACUGACUGCUGAAUUGCAAUAAUUAGAAGACGAUUUUACUAGAUCAACAAAUCAACAUCAAACAACUCAGGAAAACUUAGACAUUAACAUAGGUCAAACAGAGAUCAACAUUUUUAAUGAGAAGGACUUUAUUGAUGCAAUAUUAUUACCAAGCAUUGAUUAAACUAAUUAAAAGAUUGAUAGAUUGAAUGGUUUUAUAAAUGACAAUAGAGAUUCAUUAGCUAGAGAAACAUUAAAUAGAUAAAAUUAACAUUAAGCUUAUCUAGACAGAGGUAAUAUAAAUAAAGAUUGUAGUGAGUGAACACCAAGGAGCAAUUAGUGCUGUGGAUGAGGCUUUGUAAUUGAUCAACUCUUUAAUUAAUGGAAAUAUAGCAUUCACUGAAAAAGCAACAAUCCAUUAGGCUGUCAAGAGAGUCAAUAAUAAAAUCGCAAGAACCAGCACUAUUCACCCAGUCGUUGAAGCCUUGCUUUAAUUGACACAAAACUUCUCGGAUUAAGGAUAGGCCUAGAAAAUUAGAGACUUGUUAUAAGACACAAGAAACCAAUUAGUUAGUAGUCUGAACUAAGUAAUAAUGAGAUGCUAUAUGAUUAGGAAAAUGCUGAUGAAAAAUAGAUUGANCUAAUUUAAUAGGUUGAUAAAUACUAUGUAUACAGUAAAUUUGUUUUUGUUAUUUUAUUAGCAUUUUAUAGACACAUUAUUCAAUUAUUCAAGAUUAAUAUAAAUAACAAUUCAAUGCUAGUUGAUUUCAAAUUUCCUUUUAUUCAUAUGAAAUUAAUAAGAUAUGGUUAUCUAAUUUUUUUCAAACGAAAAUACUUUCUAUAAAAAUAAUUUUAAUCAUAUUAGAAUAAAUCAUUAUUAAAAUCGUCUGCCCAUAGCUGCUGA